AUGUUUCCGGAUACGAAGACCGGCGGGCAACGGAGCAACUCGGAGUUUGUAUCGGCCGCCAUGGACGACAGCAGGGACGACGAUGGCAGCGCAGGACCGCGACCGAUGGACCGCGCCGCCGACCAGCGCGACGUCGACAUGGGCCAGCACGACGUAGAGACCGCGCUGGCGGCGCCGAGCCCUGCGCAGGUCGAGACGAUGCAGCCGCGGAUGAGUGCCAUGGAGGCGCUCGACGACGUCGACACCAUGGGCGACGACGAGAGCGAUGCGCCGGGACCAAGCGACAUGGGCGACAUCUACUUUCUGAUUGCAAACUUUCUGCGUCGAGCGACGCCAUGCUCGCGGACGGCGGCGAUGCUCGAAGACGAGCUGCACAGCUUGGGCCUCCUCGACUCGGCGGUCGACUGGCAAGGACGGGAACGGCCUGCAACCUUCACGGAUGUGCAUCUGCGCCACCGCCAGCUUCCACCGACGCACCUCGUCCAGCUGCUCCGUGACGGCGCGCGCAAGAACGAGACGACGCUCUUGAAGCCACGGCCACCCACGCCGUCGACGCCGGACGCUCGCCGGUCGACGAUCCAGGAGCUGAUCCUGCUCUGGCUGCAAAUGCGCGAAAACGAGCGCAAGAUUCUGCGCGUCGAGCGCCUCCUCGAGAAGUUUGCGACGACCGGGACCGACAUUGCAGAGGAGCAGCGCGGCGCCAAGCAGCUGCGGUUCCUCCAGCGACAGCUUGUGCAGGACAAGCGCAAGGUCGACGAGCUUCUGUGCCGCGUCCGCGACUGGGGCAUGGCCAUGACCAAGCCAUUUCUGGGUCAUAAUCAUGCGCGGGUCCUCCUCCAGCGCGAGCGCAGCGGGCGGUCCGUGCCCAUGGCCCAUUUCGCAGCCUCGUCAGCACGCCGCGAGACGGUGCCCAUCUUUGCCUACACGCGCUACCGCAUUCUCAAGACGCUCAGCGGCCACCUGCAAAUCUCCGUGUACUGCGUCACGUUUGACAAGUCGGGAACGUACAUCAUCACGGGCUCGGACGACCGGCUCGUCAAGAUCUGGUCGGCGCGCACCGGCGACCUCUUGUAUACGCUGCACGGACACGUGGGCAACAUCACCGACAUGGACAUCAACGACGACGGCAGCCUCCUCGUCACGUCCUCGGACGACAAGACGGUUCGGGUCUGGGAGAUCGCGACGGGGUUCGCCAUCGCGGUCUUGGUCGGGCACACAAGUGUUGUCAACACGGUUCGGUUCCACCCGCACCUCAACGUGGUGGUCUCCGCGUCAGACGACGGCCACUGCCUUCUCUUCCGCCUCCCGCGCAUCACGCAAGGCCCGCGCCGCGAGACCAAGACCGAGACGGUCCAGCGACUCUUCCAGCAACACGCGUACUGCCUCAACAUCAAGCCGUUCCUUGUGCUUGGCCACGUGCCGUCCACCAACACGACGCGCGUCACACGCGCGUGCAAAGUGCUUUGCCUCGACGUGAGUCCGUGCGGCACCAAAAUUGCAACCGGGAGCCAAGACGGCGUCAUGCGGCUCUGGCACGUCGGGCCGCAUGUGCUCUCGUCGACGGCAGCGACGUCGGCCUCGACGCAAGCCCAAAUCGACGCGGUCGUCGCAUCGAUUCCCGACGCCAACCCCGAACCGUUGCCCGAGGUCCGAGGUCGCCGCCGUCGGGUUUGUGCCACCGCCAACGUCGUCGUCGGCGACACCGAUGGCGCCGACCGAACCGAGAGUGCGGUCGUGACCGAGCCGUCGCUCGUGCUGACGGGCCACACGUCGCCGAUCACGAAUGUGUUUUUCAGCAAGCACGGCGAGUCCGUGGCGACACAGUCGAUCAAAGACGGCACGACGCGGCUCUGGCAACUGCCGACGACGAGUCGCCCCAAGCUCGGCAUUCACAUCUUGUCGUCGCCCGAGACGGUCGAGGGCGGGCGGCGGCAAGGCGCGUCGUGGUCGGCCGACAUGAUGAUGUGGACGGCCCAUGGCGACCGACUCGUGACGCUGCACAGUCGCAAGGCCGACGCGACUUCGCUCCACAUUGAGCAGGCGAUCCGGAUCUGGGACCCAACGACGUUUGCGUUGGUGAUGACGCUGCGGCAUCCGGAGCUCGCGCACGUGAACGCCGUCUUUGCGAUGGAAGUGCACCCGAUCGACUGGCGCAUACUUCUCACGGCCGGCUACGACGGUCGCAUUUGUCUCUGGGACAUUAGCGCCGGCACCCUCUUGCGCCAGUACCAGAAUCGGGACAGCGUCGGUGACCCAUGCCCGAUCCUCGACAUGGCGUUCUCCCCGACCGGCGACCUCUUUGCCGUCACGGACCGCGUCGGCCGGCUGUGCAUCUUUGGCACUGGCGCCGGCGACAGCUACAAGGCGAGUCCGCGCGAUCAGUACUUCGCCAACGACUAUGCGCCGAUCGAGAUGGAUGUGAAUCUCAACGUCCGCGACCGUGACACGCAAGUGCAGCCGCAUCUCUUGCCGCGCUCGGCGCUCAUGGACAUGAGUCGGUCGAUUUACGCCCAGCAGCCGCUGCAUCUGAUGCUCGACGAGAUGCGCCUUGACGACUAUGUGACGAACCGGGCCGCGCGGGUCGCCCAGUACCUCGAGCUCUAUCAAGCCAACUUGGAAGGCAUUGUGCGAAGCGACGAGAACGCGCAUGGCAACUACGAACCGUUCCCCAACCUCAUCGAGACGGUCACACCCAAGAGCGUCCGGGGCGCUCGCGGGGCCCUCGCGACCACGCAAUCGUACCGUGUGAAUGGCGCCCCGGUGCUCGCGUCCGAGGUGCGCGCGCCCGUGGUGCGACGGGUGCCCCGCGACACGGACGACCGCGAUCGAUCGGUGCUCGAUGUUGUCUUGUCGUCCGACGAAGACCGUGACGAAGACUUUCAAGUCCCGGCGACGGCCAACGGUGACGACGACGACGACGAUGACGAUGACGACGCCAUGGGCGAUCUCGUCGAUGAAGAGAGCGACGCGGGUAGUGGCAGUGACACGCCGCCGCGUAUCUACCGCACGGCCGAUGGCAGUCGCGCGCUGCGUUCUCGUCGGCGGUCGUCCGCAGACGACGACGAACCGGCGCCCCGCCGCCGGCGUCUCCGGAAACGCAACCAAGCACAGAUUCUGGACGGUCCGUCGAGCGGUGAGGACGACGAGAUCGAGCAACGCAUGACGGUGACGUCACCGGCUCGCGUGUCGCCGAUACACGACGACGACGACGAACUCGACGACGAUGGCAUGCAAGGAGCGGUGGUCGAGUCGACCAAAGUACCCGGUAGCCAGCGCGAUGUUUUCGACACGACCAAGACGUUUGCCGAGAUGCUCGCGGCCAAGCGGCGCGUCGACCCGGGUGCGCAAAUCCUCUGCGGCUUUUGCGGCCGCGGCGACGUCGCCGGCAUGACGCUGCCCGGCGAGACGCUCGGCGUGCACCCGCUUGUGAACGGCAGCCAGCGCGUCUUUGUCCAUGAUCCGUGCGCGAUCACAUCGCCGCAGUCAUUCUACGACGACGACGGCCAUUGGUACAACAUUGCCAAGGAGCUUCGCCGCGGCCGGCUGCUGAAAUGCAACCUCUGCGACCAGAAGGGCGCGACGCUCGGCUGCAACUAUGACGCGUGCACAGUCACGAUGCACUUUCAUUGCGCGCUCGCGACCGGGUGGAAGGACGAAGACACGUACUACUGCGGCGACCACGUGCACUUGUACGUGCCGUCAACCACGGUGCGCAACGACCCACUGCGGGCCAUGAAGGCGCAGCUGCUCACCACUCAAGUCGCGUUUGAAGAAGGCUACAUCAAGCGCAUUGGCUUGAGAUACGACCGGCUCUACUGCCAGCAAGUGACGCCGCAGCCGCAGACGUAUGUGCCCCAGGUCGGCGACCUUGUCGUCUACUGUCCCCAGGGCCACGAGUUCUACCUGCGCUUCCACCCGUCCAAGACACAGCCCGCGUACAUGAAGUUCCCGCGCAAAGUCGCGGCGGUGCAGUGCCAGAUUGUCCACAUCGCGUACACCUUCCCCUUGGUCGAGACGUACAAGCCCAACCAACGCGUGCUCAUGCAGCUCCAUCUUGAGGUCGUCGCGCUGCCGGCCGUGUACUUUGAGGACGACGGGACCGACGCGGAUCCGUGCCGACGCGCGUUCAACGUGUUCGUGCCCGUCAACGACAACUUUGAGCUCGACGACGCGCCAUCACGAGAGCGCCGGCGGUUCCGCGUGCACAUGCAGCCGAGCCACUGCCCCGACUUUAUCGUUUUGUUCGCCAAGUACGCGCUUGGGUUUGGCGCGCCGUGGAACGUCCAGGACGCGGUCCAGACGGUACUACCCACGACCGACGACCACGGCAUCCAGAUCGACGCAGUGCUCAACAUGGGCACCGUCCUCGCGAGCGAUCGGGCCGACCCCGACGUCGACUCACCGUGGGAGUGUCUCACGGUGCUCUUUGACGACGAUGGCACGGUCCGCGUGAGUCCGUGGGAGCUCGAGCCGGCGAGUGCCGAGGCGCGGCUGGCGCAGCUCGCGCUGGCGCCGCCCGUACCGAGUAUCGAAGGCGAGCGACGCGCGGGCCUUCUGCGCGCCUUGGCGUCGAUCAUGCAGCUCUCGGUCGCGCUCGAUUUUGUACCGCCCGUGCCCGAGUCGACGCCCGACUACUACGUCACGGUGGCGAAUCCGAUGGACCUCUCGCUGAUCCGAAGCCGCGUCGAGCUCGGCUACUACCGGCAAGUGGACGCGCUCUUGGCGGACGUGCAGCUGAUUCUGGACAAUUGUGAAAAGUACAACGUCGAAACGAGUCCGAUCGCACAGAACGCGCGGGCGCUCGUCGCCGCGAUGGUGUCGAUUCUGCAGCCGCUGUUCCCACGGGAGGUCGCGGCGUGGCAAGCCGCCCACGUGGCGUUCUCGCGGGCCCACGACGAGGCGGAGACGCUCGAGACCAAGCGCCCGCCCAAGCGCUCCAGCAGCGUCGACGGCGCGAGUCCGAAUCCAAAGCGGCGCUGUACGGACGACGCCGUGGUCGUGCAAAAGCUGCGGCUCUCGGUGGCCCAGCGCCAGCAGUGGCUCCAGCGUCUCGCGAAAGGCUCGUUGGCGUCGCAUUUAAGUGUGCUCCACCGGGCGAUCCAGGCCGAAGACGCGGCCAACAUCUUUGCGUCGCCUGUCACGGACGACAUUGCGCCAGGGUACUCGGUCGUCAUUCCGCACCCGAUGGACUUUGGCACGAUGCAAGCCAAGCUGUCGCUCUACGGCUCGUUUGCCGCCUACUACGAGGACUUUAUGCUCGUGUGUGCGAAUGCCACCGUGUACAACGAAGCAGGGUCGUACGUGCAUAGCGAAGCGGUGCGCAUGAAGGGGGCGUUGAGCCGCGUGAUUGGCACAAUCCUCAAGGGCAAAGCCAAGGCAGGUGGCGCGGGGAAGAAGCGCCGACCGCGCCGCGACUCGUUUGACAUGAACGAGAUGGAGAGCGACGAAGAGAGCUUUGCAUCGAGCGAGAACGACGACGACGAUGACGACGAACCGCCGAGCGACAGCAGCAGCAGCAGCAGUCAAGAGAGCAGCGACGAGGCACCGGCACGGCGGCGGCGCAAACCGGCGAAAUCGGUCUACAAGGACCGGUCCAGCUCGGGCUCGUCCGACGACGACGACGAUGAUGAUGCGUGA